AUGUCCUUAUCUGGUAAUCAAGACGAUGGCAAUAAAAACCAUAUUAAGAGGCAAAGCAUUGACAGUCCGCUAGCAGUGAUGUCUCCAUCUGUCCGUCCCCGGUCCACAAAAUUGUCUCGUUUGUCAAAAACUCCCUUAGGACCGAAAUUUGCUAAUGUCAAUCAAGUUGAUCCCAAUAUCGAUGCUACUCUUCUGGAGACGUGUUCUAUCGAGAAAGAAACAUUGGCUGAACGGAGCAUUGAAUCAGAGUGCGAUGACGUUGCAAAUAUUACCGCCAUGACAUCAUCGUCAGUGGAUGCUGCUUUGAGUCCUGGAAUGUCUAACGAAAUGAAAUUAGCAAUAAAAACAUAUUUGAAAUCCACUUCGAUGUAUCCUAUCAGCUCAUUGGAAUCAAAACCUGAACACUUGAAUGUUGUUGACAGUGUUACGGAAGUUGAGAAAAAUGAAAAUAAUGAAGAAUUGGACAUCAGCGUUUCUACAUGUAGCUCACAAGAAAGAACCGUAGACAACAAUUCUAAGGAUUCUGUCAAAGUAGAUCAAUCUUCGCUGGACUCAGAAUUUUCUACCCGAAUGAAUGAGACUAAUUCUUGUUGUGAAAUUUCAUGUGGGACUACAAGAAUGAACGAUAUCGUUGAAACCUCGUUUACUGAAGUACGAGAUUCUCCAGUUCUGAAAAUCGAAAAUGCGAAAGUUGUCCUUUCAACUCAAGUUGGUGAGAGACUGAGAUCUCCAGAUAUGCCAGGAGAUUUAACGUUGUCGGCGCGCAAAAAUAGGGUUUUUGCAACUAGGAAUUCAAAAUUGGAUAACCUAUCUUCACCACGAGAGCUGGCGAGCUACGCUGAAGAACGGGCACAAAAUUAUUCGUUCCUCAUUAAUGAAGCCUACUGCGAAACGUCAGUGUUCUGUGAGAAUUGUUACUCUAUGCGCAUCGAAUUGGGACUUUUUUCGGAUAAGUUUGCAGCAUUGGCAGCUACUAUUGGAGGUCCAACUCCAGGAGGCAAUACUGCUUUUGUUGCCGAACUGGAAAACUUACUAAGAGGAAAACAAGAAGAAAUUGUAACAUUGUCAUCGAAGCUGGCAGAUUUAACUCAGACAAAUGAUCAAUUAAACAGACAAAACGAAAUUGCCGAAAAGGAUGCUGAGGAUUACAGAUUCUUCUUCAAGAAUGAAAUGAAAAAAAAAUUGGAAGAAAUAGGCAUGCUGCGGAGUAAGUUGUACGAAGCUGAAGAUCUGAUAGAUGAGUUGAAGCAAACAAAGCCAAUGCAGUCUUCUGAUGAAGACACUUCACAGGCUGAGGUUGAACUUGAUAUAUCUUCAGGAUAUCAGAUAGAAGUUCGGAUUAAAAUUAUGGAGCAGCAGCUUGAUACAGCACAUUCUUUGCAUCAGGAAGCUCAGCAAAGAAUAAAAGAACUUGAAAGCGAACUACAAAGAGUUGUAGAAGAUAAAAAUCAGCUCUCACUAAAACUUCAAGAAGCUUUAAUCAAUUUGGAAAAUAGGAGUAAUCGGACGAUAUUAAAUGAAAGCAAGCACGUUUCAAUUAUAUCCCUAUUGGAAGCCAAGGUUGCAGAACUUGGGAAUAAAAUCGAUGAGGCUCUUCGUGUAAAAGAAAAUGAAUCCGUGAAACAAAAUUCAUAUUUAUUUAAAAAAUUGGCAUUGCUAGUGGAGAAAAUUAGGUCUGAUGUGAAAAGCAAUGUGUUCGCUGGCGAAUGGAAAGCAGAUGAUGUAGAAAUUUCCAUUACCUAUUUUGAAAAAGCUGUAAACAUUAUUUGUCAAGAUAUUCCUCAGUUUGAAACAUUGGUCGAGACAGUAGCUCUACACGAAAAACUGGCUAGAAAUGAGUUAAAACAGUUAAAAGCGACGAUGGAAGAAGUGGUAGAAGAAAAAAACAAAUGGGAAAUGUUAUUUACGAAUGAGAAAUCAAGGCUUGAUAAUUUGCAAGAAAUGAUACUGGCUCAGUUUUAUGAAAAUAAGGACUGUUUCUCAAAUUUAUUGCAGGAUUUCCAAAACAAGUGGGCAGAUACAUUAUAUUCGUUGACAGAGCUUGUCAAAUCGAAAUCUGAGGAAAAUCGAAAUUGUGCCAUGCUGGAAAUGCUGCACCACAUAGCAGACCUUCAGGAGAAAUUGAAUGAAAAGUGGUUGAUGGAUUUGAGUGAGUUGCAGAAAUGCAACACUUGUUUGAAAGAACAGCAUUUGAUUAUAACCUCAUUUCAAGCAGAAAUUCAAGAAAUUAGGAAUAAAAUUGGGAUGCUGCAUGAUUCUAUAGAGGAAGGUUUAAAAAAUUCGAGUGCAUUGCUGGAUAGCUUGCAAAGUCGAGAAGCUAACCAUGAAAGUCUAAUGGAUUCUAUCAAAAAGCAACUAGGACAUUAUGAAAAAGAAAAAGAUGUUUUCAAGGAAAUAUGCGAACAUAGUGAAGAAGUGAUGCAUGAUCUAAAAAUGACGGUUGAGCAUUUGCAAAAAGUUGAGGAGGAUAUAAGAUGUCAAAACACGGCCCUGUGUAAGAACUUGGAUUUCGGAGGUGAAAAUUUUGCUCAAGUAAUUCAUAUGACUGAAAAUUUGACAAAGGAAAAAGAUAAAUUGGAAAACGAAAAUGCGACACUCAGGAAUACGGUUUUAAAACUGACAAAAGAAAACACGGAUUUAAAAGAGAUGGAAAAAAUGUUGGCUCAACGAGACAAAAAAGCCGAAGAGCUGCAACAUAGAUUGAACCUUUUACAAAAGGAGAACGAACGACUAGGAAAAGCUUGCGAUGAUGCGGAUGAAGAAGUCAGCGAUUUCAAACAACAGAUAUUUGAAUUAUUGCGUGUUAAUGCCAAACUUCAAGCUGAGAUGCACGGAGAAAGUGAAGAAGCUGUAAAUCGUAUAAUGGGUUAUAUUGAACCACCACCAAUUCGACCCACAAUUUUUCCUUCGGCUCAUGGAACUGCAUCAGGAUCAUUCCUUUCACCAAGCGCAAAAACAGAGGGUGUAAUGGAAAGUCCUCUGAAAUCAAAACCGGAUGUGAAGAUUGAGGACGUGGUAACAGAGAAAACAGAAGUAAAAGAAAGAAAUGGGAUACAGAGAUUAGCGGAGAAAGAAAAUGUAUUAAUAGAAACUGCAAAAGCUCAAGCCAAAAGGAUACCUGCUGAAGAAUCACAAAAAUCGAAGAAAACUCGAGAUCAGUCAUGCCGCACCUCAUGA